UUCUGAGUUUGUGAAUCACUACCAGACAGUGCCAAAGGGCUCAGAUUGCUGGCGCUCAGAACAGAAUUCCCUGGCUGGCAAAGAUCCUUACACAUGGGGAAACACAUGAAGAGUAUAUGAAAUUUGCUUUAAGAAGCAGAAAGCAGUUUAUAUCCCAGUGUAGCUCAGUGUGAAGUUGUUCUAAACUUCUGCAGUAAGAAAAGUUCAAAUGAUGCUUCCUACUGUUUCUAGAUCCACAGCAGUGGCAUGACUUGUCUCAGACUCCUCAGGAAAACAAAUAGACAAAAGCAGAUCUUUGAGGAGCAGAAGUUAUGAAUAUCCUUGUUCUGCUGAAGUAGUUCUUGUAGGAUACCAACAUCUAAGCAGCCAUUGUCACACUCUGAAGGGGCUCAGCAUUUCCUGCUUCUGCAGUGCUGUGGGGAGGAUUACAUCCUUUUUAGUGGAAUACUGAGCCCACUGUGGAAAUCCAGAAGACAACAUGUCCACAGCAACAGAAGGACCAGGUGCAGGACUCAGAGCAGUGUCCCCGGGGGCAAAAAUAAAAAAUCAGAAGCACAUGAAUUUUGGAAAAGAUCUCCAAGAUCAGGGAGUCCAACCUUCAAUUCAGUAUCACCAUACCCACAAGCCUUUAUCCCAAAGUGCCGUGUAUACUCAUUUUUUGGAGCUCUUCCAGGCAUAGUGACUCCACCGCUUCCCUGGGGAGCCUGUGGCACACAGUGCUUAAGCACUCUGAAAUUCUUCCUCAUAUCCAGCUGAACCUACCAUGGUGCAGGGAGUUCUGCAUCCAGCUCUGGGAUCCCAGCACAGUAAGGACAGGGAGCCUGCUGGAGCCAGGCCAGAGCAGGGACACCAAGGGGAUCAGAGGGAUGGAGCAGCUCUGCUGGGAGAAAAGGCUGAGGGAAGUGGGAGUGUUCAGCCUGGAGAAGAGAAGGCUUUGGGGUGACCUCCUUGUGGCCUUCCAGUGCCUGAAGGGAGCUUAAAGGAAAGAUGCAGAGACUCUUGACAAGGGCCUGGAGUGGCAGGACUAGAGGGAAUGGCUUCACACUGACAGAGAGCAGGUUUAGGUUAGAUAUGAGGGAGAAAUUCUUCCCUGUGAGGGUGGUGAGGCCUGGACACAGGUUGCCCAUAGCAGCUGUGGCUGUCCCUGGAUCCCUGAAGUGUCCAAGACCAGGUUGGAUGGGGAUCAGAGCCACCUGGAAUAGUGGAAGGCGUCCUUCACCACGGCAGGAGGGGUGGAACAAGAUGAUCUUUAGCAUCCCUUCCAGCUCAGACCAUUCUAUUGAUUUCCCCUCAUCCUGUCCCUUGGAUCCCUGGGAGCAGAGCCUGACCCCCACCUGGCUGCACCUUCCUGUCUGGGAAGUGUGGAGAGCAAUAGGGCUCCCCUGAGCCUCCUUUUCCUCCAGGUUAAACACCCCCAGCUCCCUCAGCUGCUUCUUAUCAGACUUGUGCUCCAACCUCUUGCCCAGCUCUGUUCCCUCCCCUGGACACACUCCAGCCCCUCAAUGUACAUCUUGCAGUGCCAAGACCAGAACAGGACAUAGCACUUGGGGUGAGACCUCUCCACUGCCCACGACAGAGGGACAGUCACUGCCUUGGUCCUGCUGGCCUCACCAUUGCUGACCCAGCCCAGCAGCCAUUGGCCUUCUUGCCCCCCUGGGCAUGCACUGUGGAGUAGCAGGCCCAGACCCUUUCCUGCUGUGCUCUUCCCAGCCACUCUUCCCCAGCCUGGAGCUGCUGGGGGUUGUGACCCAGGGGCAGUACCCAGCACUUAGUAUCUUGUUCAACCUCAAGGAUAUGAAAUGGGACUGGCUCUGACACUGGGCCCUGGGGCACAGCACCAGUGACCCGCUGCCAGCUGGAUUAAUUCCACCACCGCUCUCUGGGCCCAGCCAUCCAGGCAGUUUAUUCCCAGCAAACAGGGAACCUGUUAAAUCUGUGGGCUGCAAGGACAAUGCUCUCCAGGACAGCGCUGUGGGAGCAGUGAUCAAAGGCUUUACUGAAGGCCCAGGUACACAACAUCCAUAGCCUUUCCCCAUCCAUUGGGUAUUGAUAGAAAGAGGUUGGGUCAGUCUAGCAGGACCUGCUUGAACUUGUGUGCUGGCUAGGCCUGACGCCCCAGUGGUGCAGCACACAUCAUGUCAUUGCACUCCGGGUAAUCUGUUCCAUACCCUUACCUGCCACUGAGGUUAGGCUGAUGGGCCUCUGGUUCCCCCAGUUGUCCUUCCAAGCCUUCUCAUAGAGGGGCGUCACACUGGCCAACCUCCAGUCACCCAGGAGCUCUCGUUCACCAGGACUGCUGACAAAUGACGGAGAGUGGAGCUUUGUGGGCUGCUUCACCAGCUCCCAGCAGAAGGAUGGCAUCUCCCUAGACUUGUGCAUGUCUGGGCAGCACAGCAGCUCGCUAACAACUUCCUCCUGCAGUGUGGGGACUUUGUUCUGCUCCCUGUUUCUGUCUUGUAGCUCAGGGGGCUGGAUAUGCAGAGGGUAACUGGGCUUUUGGUUAAAGGCUGAGGUCAAGAAGGCAUUGUGUACUUCAGCCUUUUUCCUCAUCCCUGGAAGUCAUUCCACUCCAGCAUGCAAUAAAGGAUGGAGAAUCUCCUUGGCCUCUUUUUGUUAUUAAUGCAUUUGAAAAAGCACUUUUUCUUAACUUUUAUGCUGGUGGCCAGAUUGACUUUUACCUUUCUAGUUUUCUCUCUGAUUAACAUCAUGACAUCCUUGUAGUCUUCCUGAGUUGCCUGACCCUUUUUCCAGAGCUGCUCUGUUCUUCCCCAAGUCCCAGUGGAAGCUUGCCAUUUUCCAGGCCAGCCUUCCCUGAACCAGCUUAUGGCACAUUGCAAUGGGCUCCUCCUCCACCUCUAUGACCUCCUUCCUGAGGAACGUCCACCUUCCUGGGCUCCUUGGCCCCUCAGGACUGCCUCCCAAGGGAUUCUCUCAACCUGUGGUCUUAACAGACCAAAGCCUGAUCUCCACAAAUCCAAAGUAGUUGUUUUGCUGACCCCCUUCCUCCUUCUUCCCUCCCUUCACUGAGAACUGAAAUCAAAUCAUGUCACCGUCACUGUACCCAAGAUGGCCUCAGGCAACCUCAUCUCCCACCGAUGCUCCCCUGUUUGUAAACAGCAGAUCCCCUGGGACACCGCCUCUGGUGGGCUUGCCUGCCAGCUGUGUCAGCAAGUUCUCUUCCACAUGCUCCAGGAACCUCCUGGAGUGUCUCCUGUCUGCUGGGUGGGAUUCCAGCAGACACCUGAAGGAGGAAGUGCCAGAACAUAGAGUUGUAGGUGCUCUCACAGACACCAAACUCUUAAAACUCUUCUCCAGCUAAGCAGUGAAUUCUGUGGUGUCUUGAAAGCAGGGACAGAUCAUGACAGCUGUCCCGGGAGAGCAAGCUCUGGCUGGAGAGAGAAUGCUUAGGAUGCCCAGCUGCCUCCUAAAAGUGACCAGGGUGGUGCUGAGCCACAGACUCUGUGCCCUGUUUAUCCUCAUCUUUGUGUUCGUAUCCUUUGCCUACCACAAGUUGUACUGGGGCAUCUGGGAGGACCCAAAGAGCAGCGGCCCCACCUACAGCGUGUCUGCUGAGAUGAGCUGUGCUCACUAUGUGCCUUCUGCCCUUGACAUUGCUGGUGGACCCUCUCCUUCCACAGGAAAGGUGUUUUUUGUGGAGACCUCAGAGCAAACUGCCCCAAGUUACCUGUUCUCGUGCUCUGUGGAGUCAGCGGCCAGGACACACCCCACAUCAAGGGUCAUGGUGCUCAUGAAAGGCGUGGCCAAAGGGAAUGCCUCCUUGCCCAAGCACUGGGCUUUCUCCUUGCUGAGUUGCUUCCCCAACGUGGAAAUCCAGCCCCUGGACCUGACAGAGCUCUUUUCUGGAACACCUCUGAAAAGGUGGUACUUAUGGCCACUGCGGCACUGGGAGCCUCAUUUUUUACCGGUCCUGUCUGACGCCUGCAGAAUUGUCCUCAUGUGGAAAUUCGGUGGCAUCUACCUGGAUACAGACUUCAUUGUGCUUAAGAACUUGCAGAACCUCACCAAUGCCCUCGGCAUUCAGGGUGACGAGGUACUGAAUGGAGCCUUUCUAUCCUUUAAGGCCAAGCACAAGUUCAUGGAGCUUUGCAUGAGGGACUUUGUGGAGGACUACAAUGGCUGGGUCUGGGGGCACCAGGGCCCAGAGCUCCUAACUCGUGUCUUCAAGAAGUGGUGCUCCAUCCAGACUAUCAAGAGCAUGAGCUGCAGAGGUGUGAGUGCUCUUGCCCGAGAAGUUGUUUAUCCUAUUCCCUGGCAGGACUGGAAGAAGUUGUUUGAGGCAGUCAGUGCCUUGGAGUUUCAGAAACUCCUUAAGAACACCUAUGCAGUGCACAUAUGGAACAAACUGAGCCACGGGACCAAGUUAGAGAUCCCCUCCCAGGCUCUGCUGGCUCAGCUCUAUUCCCAGUUCUGCCCUGCCACCUAUGCAAAGAUGAAACAGGACUCUGAAGAGUUGUCAAGGCAUGCAGUAUGACCUGGGGGCCCUUGGCUGCAAGGGAUGUUCCCCAGGCUGAAGGAAACCAAGUGCCUUUGACCUUCCCCAGAGUUGGUUUCUAGACCCCAGAGCAGGUGUUCUGUGUGACAGCUCUGUGGUUUUGUACCUGAUAUUCCUGAUAUCUGCCUCAGAUCCCUUGUGUUUCAAAUUUACAGCAGUACCUGACUCCAGCCUCUCUUGCUGUCCUCCACAAGACCUGUCACUGCAGGGAAGAUUGAACCCAUUCAUCAGCAUCCUUGAGUUGGUCCUCUCUUGGUGUUCUCCAAUGGCUCUUCCUGUGAAGCCCAGCCUGAGCAGCCCCUUGUGAUGUUUCAACAGCUGUAGGAGCCCCUGCUUUGCUCUCUGCGGCAUUUGAAAUUUUCAGAGAAUAUUCUGUGUUGGAAGGGACCCACAGCCAUCUUGUGUCCAACCCCUCGCUCUGCCUGGGUACAGCACACUCCCUCAAUCCUGCCCUGUGCAUGAGAAUGUCAUACUUGGGGCUGUGAGCCUUCCCUGAGGAGCCUGUUCAGUGCCCCAUGACCCUCUGGGGGAAGAACCUUUCCCUGAUAUCCACCUUAACCAUCCCCUGACGCAGCUCCAGCCAUUCCCUUGGGUCCUGUUCUUGGUCACAUAGAGCAGAGAUCACGGCCUGCCCCUCCUCUUCCCCUCGUGAGGAAGCUGCAGAACUGCUGUGAGCUCUGACCUCAGUCUGCUCUUCUCCAGCUGUACACACCAAGUGCCCUCAGCUGCUCCUUGUGUGGCUUCCCCUCCAGGUCCUUCACCAUCUUCAAAACCCUACUUUGGAAACUCUCAAACAGCUUUAGAUCUUUCUUAUGUGGCACCCAAACCCACACACAAUAUUCAAGGUUAGGCUGCCCCAGCCCAGAGCAGAGUGGGACAAUCCCCUCCCUGGCCUGGCCGGUGAUGCUGGGUCUGGUGCCCCAGGACAGGGCUGUCCCUUCUGGCUCCAGGGCACUGCUGGCCCAUGUCCAACUGGCCAUUAACCCCCAGUUCCCUUUCCACAACACUGCUCUCCAGUCUCUCAUUCCCAGUCUGUCUGUACAUCCAGGGCUGUCCCAUCCCAGGUGCAGAAUCCAGCCCUUGCCUUUGUUAACUUCACAUCAUUGGUGAUUGCCCAGCCCUGUCAUUUGUCCACGGCUCUCUGGAGGGCCUCUUCACCCUUGAGGGAGUCAACAGCUCCUCCCAGUUUUUAUCAUCUGCAAGCUUACUUGGUAUCCCUUGCUGUCCUGCAUUCAAGCUUUUUAUGAGGAUUUUUAAGACAAUGGGGCCUAAGACGGUGCCCUGUGGAACCCCACAAGUGACAGGCUGCCAGUCUGCUGUCACCCAGGCACUGUCAUUCUUUGUGCUUGACCUGUGAGCAAGUUGCUCAGCCAUCACACAAUGUGCUUAUCCAGCUGUGGGCUGCACACUGAGAUUAUAUCCAAAGCUUUACUGAAAUCCAAAAUGAUUACAUCUACUGAUGCUUUUUUAUUAACUGGGUGGGUGUGGCAGUGGGAGUUUAAAGAUAUUUGGUCUCUCCCUGCCUAUAGCAGUGGGGGUUUGGAGAAUAUGUUUAGUCUCUGUAUAAAGUUGUUUACCCCCGUCUCACCAUGGCAGUUAUGAUAAUUCCAGAUUUUCCUGUCUAUCCUCAAAAAUCCUACCCCUGUGGAUUGUCUGUCAUGAUUUGUUACACCCCUUUAUCCAGAGAAUUUGCUGUCAGUUAUGAUUUUUCCUUUCUGCCAUUGGUAUGUGACUUUCCCACUCCAAGUUAUGUUUACAUCUGUUACCCCAGACCCCUCCUAACUAACCAGAUGGUCUCCUCCUGGGAUUCCACCUGCCCCCAUAAAAACCGCUGUUUUUCUGUGUUUUGCUUUCUUUUGCCAAUGUCCCCCUUCGAGCCACAGCACUCCCACGUCUCGCCGGCUCCUGCACGGCACUGCAGCCCCGGCACUGCUCCCAUUGCACGAAAGAAUAAAGGCAGCUUGGAGAAACAAGCAAAGAGCCCUUCCUUCUUCCUUUGCCUCGAUUCUUAGACAUGGGUUCACAUUUAUCAGCCGCUCGUGGCAGUCUGGGAUCCCAGUCACUGGCCGAACCACAAUCCUGCCUGCCAGCGGCUGAGUUGGGAUGUGGUCCCUCCUGGUGCACAUGCCAAAAGCGAAGGGGGAUCAGAGCGCAUGGGCAACUGGUGCCACCGCUCCUUCUGCGAUUUGGACGCCAUGUCAGAUGGGUUAUCUUAGCAUAAAAGGAAAUUAGUUUUGACAAGCAGGACUUUCCUCUCAUGGAGAUGUGCUGGCUGUGACCAAUGACUGUGUUGUCCUUCAGGUGUUUUUCACUACCUCCCAGAAUAAUCAUCUCCUUAAUUUUACCAGGCACUGGAGUUCGACUGACAGGCCUGUAGCUUCCAGGGUCAUCCUUCUUGCCCUCUUUGAAAACUGGGACCUCUCCAGAUUAUCAAGACUGUUCAAAAAUUAUCAAGAGAUGCCUCAUGAUGAUAUCAGCCAGCUCUUUGUGUAUUCUCACAUUAAUGCCAUCAUACCCCAUAGACCUACAGGGAUCCAUCUGCAGCAGCAGAUUCCUCACACCUUCAGGGUUAACUCAGCGUUUAUCAUUCUCAUAGUCACAGUCCUCAAGCUGAGGCUGCUGGGACCUCCUUAGUCGAUCACCCGUGUUGAAGACAGGCAAAGAAAGCAUUAAACAUCUCUACCUUGUCCGUGGUGCUGUUUGUGAGGAGGCCAUCCUCAUCCUGUAAUGGGCUGAUGUCAUUUGAGCACUGCCUUUUGCCAUUAAUGUAUUUUUAAACCCUCUUUUUAUUGUUCCCCACAUUUCUGGUGGCUUCAGCUGCAGUGGAGCUUUGGUCAAACAAGUUCUCCCCCAACAGCAGUAAGCAGCAUCUCCAUAUUCCUUCCACAUCACCUGACCUUGACUCCACUGGGCAUACCCCUUCCUUUUUUUCCUUAUCUCCAAAAGAAGAUUCCUGUUCAGCUAAAGUGGCCUUCUACCUCAUCGGCUUGAUUUCCAAUUUUUAGGAAUUAGCUGUUCCUGUGCCCUCAGGAGCUGGUGCUUAAAAUGUGACCACAGCACUGAUGGACCCCAGGACCUUCAAAAGCAUUUUCCCAGCUGUGUUGGUUCUCAAAUAAAUUCUCAAAUCUCAAAAUCUCAAAUUUUGAGAAAAAAACCCUCAAAUUUUUUUUCUCAAAAUCUCAAAUUCAAGAUCUCAAAAAUCUCAAAUUGAUGAACCAAAACCACUACAACAGGGGACUUUAUUUGGUUCCCUGAGCAGCCUGAAGUCACUUCUUCCCAUGUCCAUGGCUGAAGUUUUGUUGGCACUUCUCCUGUCACCAGAGAUUUUAAACUCAAUGGCUUCAUAGUCACUGUGGCCAAGACAGCCACCAAUCUCUACUCAAGAGGAUCACAAGAUCCUCUCUGUUGGCAAGCAACAAAUCAAGGAGGGAGGGAAUCUUUCCAAGCCAGCCCUCUUAGUACCCAUAGCAUGAAGCUGUCAUCCAGGUGUUUCAGGAAUACAUAGGGAGUAUAUGAAAAUUUUGUUAGAGAAACAGAAAAUAUUUUAAGGCCUGCUGUGGAUCUGAUGACCAUCUCCCUACCUAAGUGUGUUCCCUGUGUGUCCAAGUCAUUGUAUUGUAAUAAUGCAUUUGAAAUUAACCUCUUAUGGAAUGAGAAGAGGAGACUAAAACAUCCUGGAGUUCUGCCUGUGCCAAAUCAAAGUUUCUGUCUGGAAGGUAAAGUGUAAGCAAAGUGUGGUUAUUGCUGUUUUAGAUAUGCAGUGACUGAAAAAUAAGAGAAAUAUGUAUAUCAAUUUUAAUAGAACCUUUUCCUAAAUGCCAUUAUUUGCUGAAAAGUACAGCGCUAUCAUGCAGAAGGGAAGACUGAUGUAAUUUAGAUGUAAGUUUAAUGUGAGCAGGAGUAUGUUUAACAGUUUCUCAGACAGUGUCACAGCACACUACUUAUUAAACACUCCAUUGCAGACCAA